ACUUCCCCUGGGGAGGGAAUAGGAGACUGUACAAAAUGACAGAGCCUCCAGCCAACCAGAGGUGGUUUACUCAGACCCACCCUCUUCCAGGGUGUUGCCAGCCCCACUCCACCUUGGGGCCAGCUUCCCAAAAAGGUCCCACCCCCAGCAGGUCCCGUGCAGGCAGUCCAUCCUGACUGCUCUUGUGGGUGCAGCUCCUGAGGCAGAGGAGCAGGAGCUGCUUGGUCCAGGUCUGCAGGAACAGGCCAUUUCUUCCCUGGCUCUGAGCUGGGAAAGUUUGCUCCCAGCCAUCCUACCACCUUCCCCAUAUGGCUCUCGAGGGACUCAGGUGAGUGGGGGCAACGGUGUGGAGAGGAAGAAAGUGUGGGGACAGCUGAGCUAAGAGGGAUCCAGUCUGAUGGCCAAAACAAUACCAAGGGGAGGUGCCAGAGCCAGCCCUGGAGUGUACUAGCUGAGCCUCUGGUCUUGGGGAAAGGCCGCUCCAAGAGGGGACGUUGCCCUAGGAGAAGAAAGGCAGCUCCAAGAGGGGACAUUGCCCUAGGAGAAGAAAGACAAUCCAUGUGGAUGGACAUUGGGGUGGGGGAGGCUGUAUUCCAUGAGAUUUUGUAGCCAAUAAAAAGUUGGAUUUCUCUUGCUUCUCUUAAUGCCAAACUCCCUUGGUGAGCCAGAAAGCAAAGGACCAGGGGCACAUUCCCUCCCCCACUAUAACUGAGAGCUCCCUCUAUCCCCACUGGGACUGAUGGUCCAGAACUAGGAACCUGUGCCCCCUUAAGACCUACUGACUAAUCUUUAACCCUUUCUUUAAGGCAAGGAGAGUGGGAAGCAGAGCACAGGGUGGAGCUUGAGGGACCACUUUCUGCAGGUAGUAUCUGAACAAGAAACGUGGAGGAGUGGGCCGGUCAGGGGCCUCCAGAGACUAAGGGCUCCCAGGCCAGGGGAUGGGAGGGGCAGGAGGAGCUGGUGGGUCCUACCACAGGAAUUCACAAGGCCUGACCACAAGAAUUCACAAGACCAACUCUGCCUCUGUGCCCUGGCUGAGGCCCAGAGCCCAGAAUAAGCAUCGGUUUGCCUUACCCUGGUUGGGAGAGGCUGGUGAAGAGGGUGGGACAGCCACAGAGGGAGAGAGAGACCCUCCGGCCUUUUCCUGCUCCUGUGGCCCCUUACACAGCAUCUCGUGUACCUCCCACAGUGCACCUCCUGAGGCAGCCUUGCCAGCUGCCAGUAUGGGAUUUGACCAGGCUUCUAGGAACUGGAGAAGCCCAGCUGCAGUCAACCCUCCAGGAGCUCAGACAGGAGCUGAAUAAUAAGUGGGGAGGGGAGAAGCCAAGCACAUGGGGAGAAAUAACAGGGUUGGGACCCUUGUGAGAGGAGCCUCGGGGUUGAGCUAGGCCCAGGUCAAAUGGAGCCCAAAUGCCAUGCUGGAAGCUCUGGCUGGUGGAUCUGACUGUCCUACUCAAAGCCCAACCCCACCCCUUACCCUCCGUGCAAAUGCCUUGGUGUAAAGUGUACACAACAGGAACAGCAAAUGCCUACUGAAGGUGCACCCUGUGAACCUGCACUAGGUUGGGGGUUUUUACCUAAAGAACACAGAUUCUUAUUGGAGGAGAAACACACUGAUCCCCAAAGGGUAGAACUAGGGACUGGAAAGCCUGGUAUCCCAGGAGGCAGGGAAUGGCUAGCAGGACCCUGAGCUGACAGGGAAGGAGGAGGGUGCUGAGGUUGGGGAGUGAGCCCUGGGGAGCCCCCAGGUAAGAAUAUCCCAUGUGCUGCCUCCUCUCCUGCUGCUGGAGUGCAGGCCACGUGCGCAGAUACACCACUGGCCUAUAGGACUCUGGGCAGUUCUUUUCACUUUCUGGACCUUAAUUUUCCCUUUAUGGAAGAAAAUGAAAACCAGGCCCCACCUGAGUUUGUUAUGUGUGCAGCAAAGAGGGAGGGAACCAAACCUACUCCUAAAAGAUGUGGCAAAUCUGAUUCACACCAAUAAGGCUGCCCAGCCUUGCAGAGGUGAGCUGUCACUCAGAUCUACUCCAAGCCUCUGCGUGUCCUCUCUCACACAGUGACCCUAGCCCAGCCCUCUUGCUAAGUGCUGCCCUCAGGUAUGAUGUGUCCCCUGGUCAGUGGUGUCCACGCGGGUGUCCCAACUCAGUACUUCUCAAGCUGCAGUUUGCAUUUCCUUUAUUUUCUGUGUUCUCAGUGAGUGAUCCCAGUGACCCGAGUGACCUCUGCUCUAUCCCCUGAGCAAGUGAUUUAACCUUCUAAGCCUCAGUUUCCUCAUUUAUAAGCAGAUAUCAGCACAGCAUCUCCUUCAAGGGGUUGUGGUGUGCUUUCAACAGGACAGGCACAUAGAACGCUUGGCCAAGUGUCCUCUCAGUAAGUGUCUGGGAUUAUGUGUGAGGAAUGCAGACAAUCCUGAAGAGAAUAGUUUUAAGCAAAGGAGUGCUAGCCAAUUCGGAAGAGAGAAUGAACACAAAUAACUCAUUCAUCAUUUCAUUCAUUUGCUGAACAAAUAAUUAUCAACAGCAUGAAAUAUAAGGCAAGCUCUGGGAGUUGGUACCCGGAAAACAAAGGCUGGCAAAACAGAGAAACCUGGAGCCUAGUGGGGUAGAGAGUCCCUGGCAUCACUUGGCAAGUACUGGAGGAGAGGUCUCAAAAGGGACAGAGGGACAUGCUGGGGGAGGGACCUAAGACCAGAUAUCAAGGCUGGCUUCAGACAGGAGGAAGCUGGGUUCUAAGGAACAAUGUGGAACUUGUUGGCCAAUGGCAGGAAGAGAGCAACCAGAGUGGAAUAUGGAGGUGGGGAAGCCUAGGAGACUUCAUGAUAAAGGGUGAAGAAUGCAGACCGAGAGGCAGGGUCGGGGGACUGUUACAGGACUUCAGAUGGGAAACAAGCAGGCACCAACAGGGCAGUGAGGGAGGCCAGGAGGAGAGCUUUGGGAACUAGGAAGGAGGCAGAAGCAACAACUUGGCUGUCAGGAGAAAGCAGGGGUCCCACUUGGGUGACUGAGAUAAAUCACUGAGAACACGGGAUGGGGAGAGUGAGUGGGAGGAUGAGGGAAGACUGAGUGGGGGGACGGGGAGAGUGAGUGGGAGCACCCACAGGGUUAGCUGAUGGGCUGCAUGUGGGGAAUUAAAUUAUUUGUAACAGUAUUUUUAUUUAACCCAGCACAUCCAAAUUUAUACCUGUUUCACUGUUUUAAUGUGGCUACUAGAAAUGUUUAAAUUACGUAUGUGACUCACAUUAUACUUCCACUGGAUGAUGCUAUUCUAGAUCUCUUCCUAUGCAUCAUGAAAGAAUGCUGCUAUACAUGCCUGCCAAGGCUUGGGUUCACAGGCGCAGGCGUUUCCCCCCCCCGCAGAAGCAAAGUCUGCCUCUCCAUAUUGGUGUUCCUUCCUUUUCACCUUAACACAUUAGGGUCUCUUUUCCAGAGAGUGUAAAUAAAUCUACCUCACCCUUUUUAAUAGCCAUUAUGCAAGUUGAGUACCCCUCACCCAAACAUCUGAAAUCCAAAAAUGUUUGAGCACCAACAGGACAUUCAAAGGAAAUGCUCCCACUGGAGUAUUUUAGAUUUCAGAUUUCCAGAUUAGGGAUACUUAGCCAGUAAAUACAAUGCAAAUAUUGAAAACAACAAAAAAGUCCAAAAUCCAAAACAUUUUUGGUCUAAACUGUUGGAUAAGGGAUACCCAACCUGUACAGAUAGGCCUAAUUCAUUCAUCCAGUUCCCUACUGAGGAACCUGAGGUUGAGGCAUGAGUUUGCUUUUUCAGACAAGGCUACAGGAACAUCCUGGGACUACUCACUGUGGGGUCUCCGUUCCGAGCUGCAGGCACGCUGGCCAGAGGCUGUGGGCACUGACAGUGUUACAGUGGAGGGCUCGGACUUGGAAGGCUUCUCGGGCAUGGUUAAGAGAUGUGGAUGGUGUCCUGCAGUCAGCAGGAAGCCACAAAAUAACUUAAUUUUUUUUAAUUGCUGACUUUGAAUAUUUCCUUCAUUAAAAAAGCAACAUAUUGUAAAUACAUUACAGACAAUUGGGGAGAAAAUAAGAAACCAUAAUUUUAUUGCACAAAUACAUUCUUCCUUUUAGUCUUAUUUUCUGGUAUGUUUUUAUUUUUGCUAAAUUGUAAUCAGAGUGCACAUCAAUUUUAGAUCCUGCUUUGUUCCUUUAAUGUUCCUGUGUGAGCAUUUUUCUAUGUGACCACAGACUCUUCCUAACACGUUUAUUUAGCCAAUCCCUUCAGCUAGACACUAGAGUCUUCUUCAGUUAUGUUUGAGCAGCUCAGAUGAUGCCUCUGCCUGUGACCCAAAAUGCCUUCUCUAAGGGUGCUUUCCUGGCAGCAUUCAACCAACCUCGUCUCGCUUGUGUAAGGGAAACAAGAACACACCCAUCAAUACAACCCCAUCCCCUCUAGCUGCCACACUGUCUCUUUCCUUGUGACAGCCCCACUCCCACCCCACCCAUGUGCCCCUCCUUAAGUCCUCUACCUGCUCAGUCUCCCUCCCAUUCCCACUUGGUCUGGGCCUGGGCCCUGGCCUCCUCUCUCUCUGGACUCUCUUCCUCUCUCCCAUGACAUCCCUGCCCUCCUGGUAAGUCGUAAAACUUUCUCCUGAGCCUGCCUGCCUUCUGGGCUUCAGCCCCCUUCCUCCAACCAGACUACCAAGCAUCUUCUUUGUGGUCCCCCAGCCCCGUCCCUCUAACCCAUUACCAAGUCUGGCCCAUGUGCCCUCCUAGACAGCCCUUCACCUAUUCCGCCCCAUCCAGCUACCAACACCCUGGUGUUGCUCCUGAUGCCUCCCAGGGGCUGGCACCUAACUCAUCUUCCUGCCUCCAGCAGUGCCUUCCCUGCCACCCCACCAUGGCCAGGCUCCAGAUUUCAGUGGGAAUACGUUAGGGUAGUGUGUGUGUGUGUGUGUGUGUGUGUGUUCACCUAACUCAUCUUCCUGCCUCCAGCCAUGCCUUCCCUGCCAACCCACCAUGGCCAGGCUCCAGAUUUCAGUGGGAAUAUAUUAGGGUUUUUUUGUUUUGUUUUGUGUGUGUGUGUGUGUGUGUGUGUGUGUUCAAAUAAAAAUCUGACUGAGUCACUCCCUAGAGGAAAUACCUGUUCCCCUGAAGUCCAAUCCUCCGAGCCUGAAAUUCGGGCCCCGGGUGACCUGGCCCGGCUCACCUGUGCACCCUCAUCCCUCCCUUCUCAUCUGCUACUACUCUCUACCCUGCAGUUCACAGACAUUCCAAGAGUAAGCCUUCCUCGAUUCUGCACAUUAUGGUUUCUUUUUCAUGAACUGCUCUUCCCCCUCCAUGCUUUCUUCACCUGAAGAACUUCUAUUAAUAAUUUUUUAGGUCCCAGCUUAGAAGUACCUCCUGCUCCAGGAGGCCCCGACUUCCUCCUCAUCUACCAAGACUCAGGUGCUUCCCUCCAAUUUGCCUUACAGCAUCUGGUCUUUUUCCCAAUCACAGAAUUCAUUGUGCUGUGUUCCAUGCAUCUAUUUUCAGUCUGUCAUGUGACCCAUUCCCUCACCCCUCCCCCACUACACCCACAUCUUCCUGGCUCCAUACCCUGAAGACAAGGUCUGUGCCUCAUUGACCUCCGAAUCCCCAACUUAGCAUAGUGCUUGAGGCUGAGCUUGUGUCCAAUAAAUAUAUUGUGAAUUCAGAACUUAACAGAAACUGAUGAACAUCUUGAUGCAUAAACUUUUCUCAUUCUGAAGAUUAUCUCCUUUGAACAGAUUCCCAGAAGCUGGGAAUUAUUGAAUCAAAGAAUAUUAAAUAAACACUUUCAAUUCCCAUAGCUUCAUAGCUUUCCAAAAGGCUGUGGCAAUUUACACUUCCACCAGCAAGUCUAAGAGUGCUGAUCUCACUGCAUUCUUGCAGCUUGGCUAUUCUCAUUAUGCCUUUUUUUAAAAUUAAGACAGAUUCUCCCUCUGUCACCAGGAGUCCAGUGGCAUGAUCAUAGCUCACUAUAACCUAUAACUCCUGGGCUCACGCGAUCCUCCUGCCUCAGCCUCCUGAAUAGCUGGGACUACACAUGUACACCAUCUGGCUCAUUUUUAAUUUUCUGCAGAGGUAGGGUCUUGCUGUGUCACCCGGGCUAAUCUCAAACUCCUGGCCUCAAGUGAUCCUCCUGCCUUGACCUCCCAAAACACUGGGAUUACAUGCACAAGCCCCUCCCAGCCCCAUUCUGUCUUUUUUUAAAGUGCUCAUUUUACAGGUAAAACAUACCACCACCUUGUUCUAAUUUGUAUGUCUUUGAUUACCAGUGAGGGUGAACAUUUUUCCAUAUAUUUGCCUAUUAAAUGCACUUCAUCUUUGAGGAUUUACCUGUUUGUAUGACAUGGAACCUGUUAAGGGAGGCUGACUUGUCAUGAGGUGACUCUGGGGCUGUGGAGGAAGUGACUAGGAGCAUGAAGAGUGCUGCUGCAAUGAUUCCGUGAUGGAGGAGUAGGCCAGGGUCACUCUGGGCCAUGGGGAAGAGCAGGAGGGGCAGACAUCAAGGAGACCAGGUCAACCUGGGACUGAAAGCAGGUGCAGAGCAGGAGGGGUGAGGGUGUACCCAGGUUUCCGGCUCGGCGUGGUGAACUGGAGGAGGUGCUGUGCUUGGAGACAGUGCGCAGGUGGAUCCACACACCUGCAAGGCAGUUCUCAGCACCCUUCACUAGACACACCUGCCGAGGAACAGUUACGUGGGGCAGCAGGAGAGGCAGGGGCAGGAGGGUCUGAGGCUGGCAGGCUUCUUGAAAGAGACCAGGGGAGCCAGGUUUUGAAAGGAUUUGUAGGGCAGGGAGUGGAGUCAGGAGGCUGCCCAGGGGACGAUCAGGGUGUGCUCAGCAUGCAAGGUUAUCAUGAGCUAAAGCUAAGUGAACUAUCGAAACAUAAGAGGCCUUGUUCUCAUUGCUUAGCUUGUGUGAAUGCAAUGACAGCCCUAAAGCAGGUAGUGUUCUUAUUAUCCCCAUCCUAUAGAUGACACUGAUGCGCAGAGGACCAGACCUUGCCAAGGGUCAGACAGCUGAGUGGUAGAGUUAGGAUUUGAACUCAGGGCUCUGGCCCCUUUGUCUGUGCUCCUCACCAUGUGGCUGCAGUUGCUCUAGAUAAGUGAGCACUCAGGAAGGCUGGGGGACAGUGGAACAAGCUCCCCAGAAGGAGCUUAUUAAGAUUCUCAGCAUUUGGGGCCCUUCCUGGAAAACAAUGAACUGUGGACAAAUCCCAAAGCCCAUUUGCUCUGAGCCAGGAACUGGGCUGCUGAGCUCUGCUUGGAGGAGUUCACCUGGCUUGGUGACUGGAGCCACCACAGACACCUGAUCUCUGACAACAGCCAGCCCAAUAACUCUUCUCUAAGUCCCAGACAGCUCUUAACCCUCAGUUACUGAGGCGAGAGGGUUGAUUGAGAGAGCGGCCAAGUUGGAGACAAGGCUGCGCAACAUAGCAAGACCUCAUUUCAAAUAAAAAGCAAUUAGGCAUCUAUAGUCCCAGCUGUACAGAAGGCUGAGGUGGGAGGAUAGCUUGAGCCCAGAAGUUCGAGGCCACAGUGAUCUGUGAUCACAUCACAACACUCCAGCAUGGGUGACAGAGUUAUGCGUGACAGAGUUAGGCUGUUUCUAAAAAAAAAAAAAAAAUCUCCAAUCUCCCCAUCACUGAGCCACAAACACCUGUGCAUCCUCUCCCGGCCUCUCCUGUCCAAGGUCAGUCCCACCCUCCACUCGGGAUAAGCACCUCAACCCCUAAUGUUAUCAUCCCCACAACCUGCCCAAGGUCAUGCCCUGCAGCACUGCUGAGGAAAACAAAGGAUUAGGCAUCUAAAGGUUCAUCCUAAGUGACCUGGUUAGCUACUGUGGAGGCCAAGGCAACUUCAUCUUGGAAGAUCAUCUGUCAUGUUGGUUUCUGAUGAACCCUGGUUCCAGGGAGCUCCCCAAGAUUUCCAGCAUAUCCACUGUUCUUUGUGUAAGAUCACAUACUUACUAUACAUCUUGCCCUUGGGUCAAAACAAAUCUGAUGUUACCAUACUUCACUUGUCCUACACAUCCCUUCUGAAGCACAUGCACCCUCUCUCUGUGGUACAUAAGCCCUGGGUCUGGGGGCCUGUAAGGUCUAUGGAUGUGCUUUGGUCAAGGAAUAGGCCGAGGCAGACAUCCGGGCCAGAGUGACUCAGUGAGUUUAGGGCACAGGAGCAUAUUCCACGUGUUAUGUAACCUGUUCAAGUUCAUACUUGGCUCUGAGCCAGUGUUGUCCAUAGAAGGUAUAACUGCGCUGCUGUGCAUGGGGCUCAGUUCAGUGCAGCAAGGCAUGGCACGGCACAGCUCAUGCACGUGCCCAGAGAGAGAAUAACACUACUAACCCCUGUAAGGGAGAGCCAGUCUCCUUGAAGGUGGGCAGGGAAGCCAGGCACUGGCUUAUGCCUAAGGGGAAGGAGUUAAGCUGCUGACCCUGACAGAGCUGGCCUUGCAGGCCAGGGAGUACAGCUGCAGACAUAGGGGCGUCAAGAACCUCAGAGACAGUUGUUGAGAGGAGCCACAGAGCCGGAGCAGAUGGCCAAGAUCAAGGUGGACAGUGAGAGAGCUAGUGUGAGUAAGCUGCUGCUGAGAGAGCUGCUGAAUAAAACUACCUAUCACCUGCCUACAGCCCCAAACUGUUCUUUCAGCUCUUUGCCCAUCCACCCACUCCCCUCAGACCUCAGCUGGGGCUGAAACCUGACAAGGGCGUAGUCAUGGCAUAACAAGGGUCAUGGCUCGGGGAUCCAUCAUCUGGUCUCACAGCCACCUGAGCCAUUUAAAUCCCUAUUAAAUAUUUCUUUCUAAGAAACUGGACUUGACAGCCUCUUCCUCUGUCCUCUCAGCUUCCUAAGACUUUGGGGGCAGGUUUGCAUAGGCCUGCCCCAUGUGAAACAGGUAUAUUAUGCUGUCUCCAAUCUAUAUCACCCUUGGCAGCUGACAAGGGUGAGGAAGUUCUCUGAGCACUGAGAUAAAAUAACCUCAAAGUAGAAAAUGAAAGGUUCAGAACACUGUGUCCACCGUGCUACCAUUUGUGGCAGGGUGGGGGAGAAGAGAGAGUAUUUGCUACCAUAUUUAUAUUUAUAUUUGCAUCCACAUUACAUAGACACAUAUGCAUAGACUGUCUCUUGAAGGACACACAAGAAACUGGUAACACUGGACACUUCCAUGCAGAGGAACUGGAUGGCCAGAAGUAGGAAAGACUUUUCAUGUAUGUCUGUGUAUAAAUAUGUGUGUCUAUACAUAUAUAUGAGUUGCUGAUGCCCUCCCCCCACCUCUGCCCCCAGGGCCUGGAAGAGAAUUUUCUGGCGGCAGAUCCUACCUGCACUUGGCCUUUUAGGCCUGUUCCUGUAUGGCCUCCCUAAAUUCAGGUACAAGCCCCUUUCCCCAGCACUUGAGGUGGGACCAGAGUCAGGGUUAAAGGGGAUCUGAGUGCCUCCUUGAUGGAUGAAGGGUGGUGGCUAGCUCAGCUCAAGUGUCCUUGUGAGCCCUCUCUCCUUGUAAGAAGCAAAGCCAGAGGGCUCCUGGGCAGGCUGACAUGCUUCUCACAGCUGCUCACCCCCUGCCAUAGACAUCUGGAAACCUUCAUCCCCAUGGGUGUCUGUCCUUCAGCCACAGUGUCGCUGCUGAGAGAUAACUUCACAGGUGCCCUGCGUCCCUGGGCCCGGCCUGAAGUUCUGACCUGCACCCCCUGGGGGGCUCCCAUUAUUUGGGAUGGCACUUUCGACCCAGAUGUGGCCCAGCGAGAGGCUAGUCAGCAGAACCUCACCAUUGGGCUGACUGUCUUUGCUGUAGGCAGGUACCUGGAGAAGUACCUGGAGCGUUUCCUGGAGACUGCUGAGCAACAUUUCAUGGUGGGCCAGCGCGUGAUCUACUACGUGUUUACCGAGCGGCCAGGCGCGGUGCCCCGCAUAGCGCUGGGCCCGAACCGGCGGCUGCGCGUGGAGCGCGUGGUGCGCGAGCGCCGCUGGCAGGACGUGUCGAUGGCGCGCAUGCGCACGUUGCACACGGCGUUGGGCGGGUGGCUGGGCCGCGAGGCGCACUUCGUGUUCUGCAUGGACAUAGACCAGCACUUCAGCGGCGCGUUCGGGCCCGAGGCUCUGGCCGAGUCGGUGGCGCAGCUGCACUCCUGGCACUACCACUGGCCGCGGUGGCUACUGCCCUUCGAGCGCGACGCGCGCUCGGCCGCCGCGCUGACGCGAGACGAGGGCGACUUCUACUACCAUGCAGCGGUGUUCGGGGGCAGCGUGGCGGCGCUGCGCGGGCUGACGGCGCACUGUGCGCUGGGCCUGGCUUGGGACCGCGCGCGGGGUCUGGAGGCGCGCUGGCACGACGAGAGCCACCUCAACAAGUUCUUCUGGCUGCACAAGCCCGCCAAGGUGCUGUCGCCCGAGUUCUGCUGGAGCCCCGACAUUGGCCCGCGGGCCGAGAUCCGCCGCCCGCGCCUGCUCUGGGCACCCAAGGAGUACCGGCUGCUGAGGAACUAGCGCCGCCGCGGGCCCAGCGGGCCCGGUCCCGCUACCGUUCCGGGCGUCUUUGGCCCCGGGAAGGUGUGGAGUAGGAGUCACCAGAGGAAGAGAUCCUGAAACCGGGCGGGCCCCUUCUGGAUGCUGAUGGCGCUCUGGAGGGCAGAGAGAUACUGGAUGCAAAAACUCUACCCGCUCCGUGUGUGCCCGUCCGUGGGAGUGGGAGAAGGAGCUCCUUGCCUUUGGGGAGCUCGUCACUUGAAGAGAAAAAUCCCCUUCCUUUACUUUAGCAGUGAGCGAGACACAACUACAGUAGUGCCUCGAUCGAGGAGCCUCUCUAGACCUUUCACCUCGACCCUGAGGAAUGCAGCUGGUGUCUCUGGAGAUGUUUUAGUCCCACCUGCCUCCCUCCACCUCUUUUUUUAAUUACGGAGACUGAGGCACAAAGAGGGACCAUAACUGCCCAAGGACACAGAGGGUCUGAGUCACUGUGAUGUCAGCGACUGGAAAGGUGUGGCUGGCCCCUUGGGAUGCCUCUGGGCAGGAGCCACAGGAAGAAACACAGGUGGCACCCCGUCAUUGGCUCUGCCCUUUUACCUCCCCUGCCCAUAAACAUGGUUUGUACAUA